UGUGAGGAGGAUGCUAGGAGGCUGCAAGGUGACUUGGAUAGGCUGGGUGAGUGGGCAAAUGCAUGGCAGAUGCAGUAUAAUGUGGAUAAAUGUGAGGUUAUCCACUUUGGUGGCAAAAACAGGAAAGUAGACUAUUAUCUGAAUGGUGGCCGAUUAGGGAAAGGGGAGAUGCAACAAGACCUGGGUGUCUUGGUACACCAGUCAUUGAAAGUAGGCAUGCAGGUGCAGCAGGCAGUGAAGAAAGCGAAUGGUAUGUUAGCAUUCAUAGCAAAAGGAUUUGAGUAUAGGAGCAGGGAGGUUCUACUGCAGUUGUACAGGGUCUUGGUGAGACCACACCUGGAGUAUUGCGUACAGUUUUGGUCUCCUAAUCUGAGAAAAUACAUUAUUGCCAUAGAGGGAGUGCAGAGAAGGUUCACCAGACUGAUUCCUGGGAUGUCAGCUUUCAUAUGAAGAAAGACUGGAUAGACUCGGCUUGUACUCGCUAGAAUUUAGAAGAUUGAGGGGGGAUCUUAUAGAAACUUACAAAAUUCUUAAGGCGUUGGACAGGCUUGAUGCAGGAAGAUUGUUCCCGAUGUUGGGGAAGUCUAGAACAAGGGGUCACAGGUUAAGGAUAAGGGGGAAAUCUUUUAGGACCGAGAUGAGAAAAACAUUUUUCACACAGAGUGGUGAAUCCCUGGAAUUUUCUGCCACAGAAGGUAGUUGAGGCCAGUUCAUUGGCUAUAUUUAAGAGGGAGUUAGAUGUGGCCCUUGUGGCUAAAGGGAUCAGGGGAUAUGGAGAGAAGGCAAGUACAGGAUACUGAGUUGGAUGAUCAGCCAUGAUCAUAUUGAAUGGCGGUGCAGGCUCGAAGGGCCGAAUGGCCUACUCCUGCACCUAUUUUCUAUGUUUCUAUUUUAUUGCUCAAUCUCGUGUGGUUAUACGCCACUUGCCCUUCUAAGAAGUUGAUGGGAUCUAUGCGAUCCUUGGCCGGCGUGGACACGGUGAGGGGAGGGGCCUGUUUCUGCGUUGUAUCCCUAAAGUCUAAAGCUUGUAAAAGACAUUAUACAUAGGUUGAAAUACACAAAAAAUUAAUGAAUACCUUAAUAUUAGCACAAAAGGCCGUAUGUCUUUAGUGCAACACAUGUUAGUCCAUAGUUUAGUUUAUGAGCCUGAUGGUUUGUGGGAAGAGGCUAUUCUUAAACCUGGUCACAGUUCUCCCUCCUGUACCUUCUACCUGAUGGUAGUGGUGAGAUGCGAGUGUGGCCAGGUAGUGCAAGUCUUUGAUGAUGCUGGCUGCCUUUAUGAGGCAGUGUCUCCUAUAGAUUCCUUCAAUGGUGGGGAGGUCAGUACCUGUGAUGGGCUGGACAAUGCCCACCACUUCUCAUAAUCUUUGUUCCUGGACAUUCAGCUUGCCACACCAAGCCGCGCUGCAGCCAGUUAAUAUGCUCUUCCAUGCAUCUGUAGAAAUUCACAAAGUAUUUGUUGAUAUUACGAAUCUCCUCAACCUUCAAGUCGAGGCAUUGAUGGACUUUCUUUAUGAUUACAUCAAAGUGCUGGGUCCAGGACAGAUCUUCAGAGAUAUGCAUGACCAGGAACUUGAAGUUGUAGACUCCCUCCAACACCCAUCUGUCGAUGAAGACAGGUUGAAGGAUCCUUGGCUUCCAUCUUCUAGAGUCACCAAUGAUCGAGAUUGCCGCUGCUGGAAUCUGGAGCAAAGAACAAACUACUGGAGAAACUCAGCGGAUCCAGUAGUGUCUGUAAAGGCAGAGGGAUAGUCGAUGCUUCAGGUCGAGACUCUGCAGCAGGACUACAUUAACCUUCAAAUGCUAGGCAUUGAAAACUAUCCUGAUAGACUCUGUAUCAGGAAUCCAAGCAUUGAAAUCCCACUGAGUAUAAUGGGCUCAUUUAUUUACAUAGACCGUCUUACAUAUUGAGUCAUAGUGCUAUACAGCAGGGAAUCAGGCCAUUCGGCCCAAGUCGUCCGACUUGUUCCUACAUCUACUCUGACUAAAUCCCUGGAAUUGGCUCCCGAAAGAGUGGGGGGAGGGCAGGGGAAGACCUGCGAUUGGGUGGGGGCUGUUUCUCAUCUCCCAGGAAGAGUGAGUCAGAUUGUCUCGUUCCACAUCAACUUCCUCACUAUCUGAUGCCAACGGAGCAGACCGUUGAUGUCGACACACAGAGCAGUGACGGCUCUCUGAGUAUCACCCCCUCAGUUCCCUCCUGCGAUUGGCGGUGACUGGGUUCAGCAGAAUAUAAAUUGCAGCAGCUUGUGCCCAGGGUAUUGGACCCUGUUGAGGUGAAACCGGCUUGUUGGAGACAGACACAGUGAGUACCAGAGGGACUGUCUGUGUGUUGCUGACACACGGGACUGGCUGCUGGUUCUCAGUUUCAAUGGGAUUGGCACCAAAUGAAUUGAAUUGGGGAUUCUUUGUUUCAACAGAUCGGAGGCAAGAUGAAGCCCAUCAUUCCAAUUGUGCUUGUGAUGUGCAUUUACCUGUCAGGAUCGGUCAGUGCAGGUGGGAGAGGUAGAUCAGCCAUGAUUGAAUGGCAGAGUAGACUUGAUGACAGAUUGUCAGCCUUUACUGUCUGCUUCAGGGCUGCAUCAGAUGAAUGCCGCGACUAUAGUUUGUUCUCCUACGCAACAGAUUGCCACCACAACAAACUGCUGAUUUGGCAAAUGGCUAAUGGUUGUGUCUCCCUGUAUUUAAGGAAUUAUUUUAUCAAGUUCUCCCUCCCCAAAAUGGAUUCCUUACUGAGACAUAAGACCUGGGAAUCGAGAGAGGGUGCGGUAACAGUCUGGAUCAAUGGGGAACGCAGUCUGCAGAAGUUCGGCACGAGGGGUUUGUAUGUGAGAGGUGGUGGUCAGUUUAUUCUUGGUCAGGAGCAGGACAAAGUUGGUGGAGAUUUUGACGGUGGUCAGUCCUUUGUUGGGGAGAUGACUAACGUUAACAUGUGGAGUUAUGUUCUAAAACCCAGGGAGAUUAUUUUGGUAAGUCACGGGUGUUGUGGAAUCGGAGGCAAUAUCAUCAACUGGGGAAAAACAAGAUAUACAGCUGGAGGGAGUGUGAUGAUUGAAGACAACAUGGACUGCAAAAUUUGAAUACAUUGGCUCCAAAAAGCAUUUAAAUGCGCAGAGGGGAACACAAUCUCCUCAAACUACUCUUGCUGAAUAUGACCUCGCUUUGCGAUCUUUCCUCUCUAAACCAGAUUAGUAGUAGAAGUAAUGUUGAUUCCAGAAUAAAGGGCUGUUUACAUCGGGGUAAGGGACAACUCACUGUCCUUCCAGUUUCUCAUCACCCUCAGUGACAGGGUAAUGGCUUCAAACUCAGUACACUAGAGUCUUGGCCAUUCUCCGUCACACAUUGAGAUAGGGAUGGGGAGUGGGGAACCAUGGUGGAUGUCUACAGGGAUCAGCAGGGUGUAAACCCCAGGGCACUGCCCCACACACUGACCCUUGACUGAAGCCCAGGGACUGCUCAGAACAGACAAGUCCGCCCUCUUUAACCAGACUCCCCUCCUCUUCCAUUCUGCUGGAGCCCUUCCUCAAAUCCCACUGGGAAUAGUUGGGCAUCCCAGUUAAAAGAUGCAGCAGUACAGAGCAGUGUCCAGGGCAUUUGGUGCCAUCUCUCUGACACACACAUGUAGACAAGAAAGUGUCAGGGGCACAGGGGUGGUGGUGAUGGGCAGACACGGACUGUGGGAAAGUCCCUGUGGUGGAGGCUGAUCCUGUCUUGAUUUAGAUUGUGCUGAUUGGAAUUAUUACUGUCUCUCUGUAUUUAACCUCUUAAUUUCACAUUGUUUGUUACACCAAGGUUUGGAAAGCUCACAAUGUGUUCUGUGCUUCCAGUGAUUGUGAUUAAACUGUAACAUUGCAGCUUCAUCAGCUUAAUAAACAAGCAUCAAAACAGAA